GUGAUGCCCGAGGCGGGAGGAGGGCGGGGCUUAGGCUGUGUUUGUCGGGCGAAGCAGCCGGGGCCAUUCGGUGCCCGGCUCGGCGGAAAGUGGCGAGCGGGGAGGAGAGGUAGGGCUCCGGCUGGCGGGACGGACGGACGGACUGACGGACGGUUAAAGGUAGAAGCGGCGCCCGCGGAACCGGGGCGGCAACAUGGUGUCGUGUAUCAUCUCCCGAGUCGUUGUGCUGGUUUUUGGAAUGCUGUAUCCUGCAUAUUAUUCAUACAAAGCUGUGAAAACAAAAAACGUGAAGGAAUACGUGCGGUGGAUGAUGUACUGGAUUGUGUUUGCUCUUUAUACUGUUACUGAAACAAUAACGGACCUCAUGAUAUCUUGGUUUCCAUUGUACUACGAGCUGAAGAUUGCAUUUGUUAUUUGGUUGCUCUCUCCAUAUACUAGAGGGGCAAGUUUAAUAUAUAGGAAGUUUCUUCAUCCUCUUCUUUCUUCAAGAGAAAGGGAGAUUGAUGAAUAUAUUGUGCAAGCCAAAGAACGCGGUUAUGAAACAAUGGUUAACUUUGGUAAACAAGGCUUAAAUUUAGCUGCUACUGCCGCAGUGACAGCAGCUGUAAAGGGUCAAGGGGCAAUAACUGAAAAGCUGCGAAGUUUCAGUAUGCAUGACUUAACAGCUAUACAAGGUGAUGAACCAGUGGGACAAAGACACUACCAAACAUUACCUGAUACAAAAAAGAGAAGCAGAAGCUCCACCACCAAUGAAACUUUAGGUUACAAUAUUCCAUUAAAAAAAGAUUCUGAAGAUGAUAAAACAGAUGAGGAGAGGGAAGGGACGUAUUCAGAGGAUGAGACGUUCACUCAGAGAGGUCUCCGGCGAACACAAAGUAUGAAAUCGGUAAAAACUAUCAAAGGCCGCAAAGAGGUGCGGUAUGGCUCAUUAAAAUACAAAGUGAAGAGAAGACCACAAGUGUACUUCUAAACGAUCUUCACAAUUCAGCAUGUCAAACUGCUAUAUUAGUUGCUUCCUGCAGGCCCACAAUAGGGCCUUGUCCUGCAUAGGACUUCCCCAUUCUCUGAAGGGAAACACUUGGCAUACGUGUGGAUUCCCAUUGCCAGUGUAGAGCAUUUUCUUGAUCAUUGAAGAGGAAGGGGAAAGCCCUGCAUGCACAGAGCUCUGCGUGCAUACCUGACUUAACUGGCCACUAUGUUCAGGGAUUACCCAUAUCAAUAAUUCAGUCAUGGUGGUAAGAAUAUAUUGCUUUAAAGAGUGGAGUUAUGUUUAAUCUCAGUUUCUUAAAACUAAUUGCUAAUAUGUUUAGGUUAGCACAUUACGCUUUUGUACUUCGUAAGUGAAAUAAUUUAACGGCUGACUCUUAGAGACUUUUAAUUGUGGCUUUUGUGGAUGAGCAUUGUGCUUGGUUAAUGCCAACACUUACUGAAAAUCUCAGCACUUCCAGAAUUUCCUUUUUAUACUUGGAAAGCUUAUACUUGAAUGCAUCAUUGUGCUAGAUUCCUUAAAAAUUCUUAAAAUGCAAUGUAAGAGUAUUGAGUGUGAAAGAAAAAGUCAUUCACAAUUAAUCUUCUUAAUGGCUUGGAUCCAAAGAACAACUUAUGGCCAUUCAAGGGUUUCUUCUACCUAGUGGAAUUCACUUUCUUAAAACAUGACAAACUGCUUUUGAUAAUUUCCUCACUGCUAUGUGACAUGGGGAGACUGCUUUAUUCAGUCUGAAGUUGGUUUUAGUUGAAAUUCUGUACGCUGCAUAGAUAUAUUUUUAUAUGAAUUUGCAGUAUACAACUAAAAUAACAACAACAACAACCCCAGAAGGCUCACAUAACUUGCUUCAUUGUUUGGAGGUCUGUAUAUUGCUUUACUGUAACCAGGGAUUUGAGGGUAGCCUGUGCAUACAGCCGAGUUGAUCACUCAGAACAUUAUCUCUUUCCAGAGCAACCCCUGUGCUAGUCUUUUGCAGCAAAAACACAACAGGCAUGAGCUUCCAUGAACUACAGUUCACAGAUACAUGAAGUGUUACCCUGAGUUACAGGUAGAUGUGCACUGUAGUCCACAGAAGUUUGUGCCACAAUAAAUGUGUUACACAAGUCCCUUUGUUAUCUGUAUCUGGAGACUUGCAUGCUGUGAUCUGUAGUAUUGCAGUUCUAACUGGAUUUUUUUCAAUGCAGUGUUGACCAAGGAACAUAGAAAGCUGCAACACAGUCAGACCGUUGGUCUAUCUAGUUUAGUAUAGUCUACACUGGCAGCACCUCCUCAGUGUUUCAGACAGGUAUUUCUCCAAGCAACACCUGGAGACCAUCAGGGAUUGAACUUGGCACUUUCUGCAUGCAACUCUUACCAAGUUUAUCUUCGUGUGGACUUUCUCUUAUGGGUUCACUGCUGCAUGUGAGAGCACGCAGCUGAGUAAUAUGGGCCAGGUGCCUUUUCUUUUUGGAAUGCAUAUAAAGGAAUUUAACUACAAG